UUCGUUGGUAAGUGUGAUAAUUAAUUGUGCCUUAACGCCAUGAAAGUCGUUUACUUAGCAUUGUUGGUCUCAUUCUCGCUGCUCGCCGUCGGCCGUGCCGCGGGCAAAAAUGAGAGUCACAGCGUUACGUGGGGCAGUCGUUCGUUUAGGGAUAUGCAUCUGGAGCGAGUUAUCAUAUCGGAGAAAUCGAAAUUCCUACGCGUUGUCACACGCACCUACACAUUCAAGCAAACUCAGGGCGUGCAGCGUCUCAUCACACAAAUCGUGGUCACCGAUCAGAUCAAGAAUGGCAACGGCGGCUAUGCGCGACUAGAGGCGGGCGGACCGAAUACCAAUUUUGCCAAGAUCUACUUUAAAAGUCAGCGCAACAAGGAAUUCAGCUUUAUUGUCGAUAUUUAUGGCAUUUAAUUAAACUAAUUAUUGUCUUUCAUUAAGGCCGUACUCAAAAUAACACUGAUUAAUUACA